AUGGACGUUCAGAGGACAGGAACUAUGGUCCGGCCCCCCAGCCCCAAUGAUAGCCUGGAGAAGCAGCUGAGCUGCCCCAUCUGCCUGGAGAUGUUCACCAAGCCUGUGGUCAUCCUGCCCUGCCAGCACAACCUGUGCCGUGGCUGUGCCAGUGACCUGUACGACUCGCGCAACCCCUACCGCUUCUCAGGUGGUGUCUUCCGAUGCCCUACGUGUCGAUUUGAGGUCGUGCUCGACCGCCAUGGCGUCCACGGGCUCCAGCGCAACCUGUUGGUAGAAAACAUUAUUGACAUCUAUAAGCAGCAGCAAGAAGGCAGCAACAGUGGAACUACAGAAACUACCAUAAAGCCUAAAGAAUCCAAAGAGCCCAUGUGCCAAGACCACGAAGAUGAGAAAAUCAACAUCUACUGCAUCACCUGCCAAGUGCCCACCUGCUCCAUGUGCAAGGUGUUCGGUCAACACAAGGACUGCGAGGUGGCACCUAUAGCCAGUGUGUACCAGACACAGAAAGGUGAACUGAGCAACGCUAUCGAUACCCUGGUUUCCAGCAAUGGCCGUCUACAGGCUCUUCUCAACCAGAUGGAAGACGCCUGCCGUGUGGUGCAGGAGAACGCUCAGCGUGCGAAGACCGGCUUAGCCGAGCGCUUUGACCACUUGUAUGCUGUUCUCGAAGACCGCAAGAACAUUCUACUAGAGCAGAUUAGUAAAGAGCAGGAUGAGAAGGUGGCAGCUCUCCGGGCUCUGGCCCAACGAUACGGUGAACGACUGCUAUCGAGCACGGAGCUCACCGACACGGCGGUGAGAGCCCUGGAGCAGAGUGGUAGCGCCGAGUUCCUCGUAGCUUCCAAGGGUCUCAUCCUGCAGACCAAGGACGCUGCUAAAUGUUCGCUCGGGGAGGAGAGGCCAGAGCCGGGCUUCGAGAAGAUGGACCACUUCACUUUGUCGACGGAGCAUGUUGAAGCAGUCCUGGCAAAGAUGGACUUUGGAGUGUGUGAAGAUGAGGAUUUCGAAGAUGCAGAGGAGGAAGAAGAAGAAGAGGAAGAGGAGGAGGAAUAA